UUCUUUUCAGAUCUUUCUGAGUCCUAAAUUUAAUGAACACAAAAAAUAGUUUCAACAAUAAACUUUCGAAUAUGGCAAAUAUGGGAAAGGGAAACUGGCGGGAAAUCUUGACAAACCACUUAACCUCUAUUGUAUUUUCAAUUAAGAAACAUAUUAAAGAUAAUAUUUAUUUGUUAAAAUGGAAGAUGAAUACAAAGAUGUGUUACCAAUACCGGACAAAUUUGAUUUCCCAUUUCCACCAUAUGAUAUACAACUUCAGUUCAUGCAGAAAUUGUAUUUUGCUUUGGAAAACAGAAAACUAGGCAUAUUCGAAAGCCCUACUGGGACAGGAAAAUCGCUGAGCAUCCUUUGUGGAGCAAUUAGAUGGUUAAAGGAUCAUAACACAUUGAUACGUAAUAAAGUUAACGAAAAAAUCAUAGCACUAGAAUCGGAGAAGCAACAGUUACAGUCAGAGAACACUGAUUGGUUGUCUUCACAGUCUAAAGAAAUAGAAGUAACACGUAUGCUAAAUUCUCUAAAAAUUGAACGGGAUAAAAUUAACAAGUAUGACGAGAAGAUUGAAAAUUUGAAGAAAAUUACACAAUUGAAAUUUGAUAAAAGAAGAAAGUUUUUUAAAAGGGAUAAUAAGGAUGACAAUAAAGAUGAUUUGGGGGAAUUACCCGAGAAAUUUAUUGAUGAUGAAGACAUUUUAUUAGAAGAAUGUAUAGCAAAUAAUGAAGAAGAAUCCUUGUCGGAUGAAGAGGAGGAAAGUAAAUUCCACUCAAUAAAGAUAUACAUCUGCAGCAGGACACACUCGCAACUGUCACAGUUUGUUGGGGAGAUUAUAAAAUCCCCUUACGGUAAAGACUUAAGAGUAGCAUCAUUGGCUUCUCGGCAAACUUAUUGCAUUAAUCCGGAGGUAUCCAAGCUAAAAAAUAUGUCUUUGAUAAACGAAAGGUGCAUCGAUAUGCAAAAAAAAUCCAAAAGCCAGUUAAAAACCGAUGACGAUGGUAAAGUGACAAAGAAACAAAAAGGAUCUACGUGCCGAUGCCCUCAUUUCAAGCAAACAAUGGUUGAAGAACUAAGCAACUGGGCACUCACCGAAGUACAAGACGUGGAAGAUCUCGUGAACAGCGGCAAAGAAUUAAACGCCUGCCCUUAUUACGCCAGUAGGAAAUCUGCGGAGGACGCAGAAAUCGUUUUAGUACCGUACAAUACUAUUUUACACAAAGCAACGAGAGAAGCUAACGGAAUUCAGCUUAAAGGUAACGUUGUGAUAAUAGACGAGGCACACAACUUACUGGAAGCGUUGGCGCAAAUGCACAAUGCCGAUUUGAGUUACGUUCACUUGUAUCAUGCUCUGAACCAACUUAAACGAUACAAAAAUAGGUACAACACUCGUUUUUCUGCCCAGACCUUGUUGACGAUAAAUCAGAUCAUUUUCGUUGUCACUAAACUGUGGCAAAUGUUAGAUAAAACUAGUAAUGUGAAUACGACCGAAAUAUAUACGAUUGAAAAUUUUGUGCUAACGGCACAAGUCGACAACUACAACAUGUUUAAAUUGUAUAAGUUUUGUAAAGACAGCCGAAUCGCUCAAAAGUUAAGAAGUUUUGCUAUAAAAUAUUCCGAAGACGAAGAGGUGUCUGAAAAACCGGCGAAAAAAGGAGUCAAAGACUUUCUAGCAAGUAUAGAAAACAAAAAAGUUAAUACCGACACACCAGAAGCGGAAACUGAAAGAAAAAACAAGUCAAAAAUCACCGUACCACCCGUUAGUAACCCCCUAUUAGCAGUCGUAUCGUUCUUGGAAUCCCUGACGUACUCCUACGAGGACGGUAGAAUUUUGUUGGUCAGAAACACGGAUAAGUUACAGUGUAAACUGCAGUUUCUGCUGUUGAACCCAUCCUCGAGUUUCAACGAUAUAAUUAAAGAAGCGAGAUCCGUUAUAGUUGCGGGUGGUACGAUGAAACCAAAUUCAGAAUUCAGAGAUCGGCUGUUCAUCAACGCGGGCGCUCCCGUUGAUCGGAUAAUGGAGUUCUCGUGCGAUCAUAUCAUCCCACCGGAAAAUAUUUUGCCCGUUAUCGUAACUAAGGGGCCGAAUCGGGAGAAUUUGCUUUUUAAUUUCGAUAACCGGUUGUCUAUGGGAAACAAUUUGAAGGCGAUCAUCCAACGGGUCUGUAAGUCGGUCAAAGGAGGCAUAGUGGUCUUCUUUCCGUCGUACAAAUACGAGAAUUGGGUGUGGCAGCAACUGAAGGACGUAACGUUUGGCAGGCCCGUUUUCAGGGAGCCCCAAACGUCUGGAGCUGUCGAUUCGGUUUUACAGAAAUACGCAGAAGUUAUAAAAAGGCCUUCAAGCAGUGGUGCUCUCUUAUUUAGUGUUGUAGGUGGCAAGUUAAGCGAAGGUUUAAAUUUCAGCGACGACUUGGGACGGUGCGUUAUAGUCGUAGGUUUGCCGUAUGCGAAUAUUACGGCAGCCGACUUAAAAGAAAAGAUGACGUAUUUAGACAGGAAAGAGGGUUCGGGAUCGGGUAAAAAGUUUUACGAAAAUCUGUGUAUGAAGGCUGUUAAUCAGUGCAUAGGGAGGGCCGUAAGGCAUAAAAACGAUUACGCGACAGUUUUAUUGCUGGACGAAAGGUAUAAUCGGGCUUCCGUUAAAAACGCUUUGCCGAAUUGGAUCAAGAGAUCGUUACGAGUGUGCUGUUACGAGGAAGCUUUUAACGCUCUACAGAAGUUUUUCUCAGAAAAGAAGGCAACUUAAUAACAUUUACUGUAUUUUUGUAAAAAAAUUAAAGCAAAACAAAAAUU